GUAGCCUGACAAGAAUCUUCAGAGCCAGCAUUUCAUUACAAAAGUCAAAUCAAAGCAAAUAAUUAAGUGUGGUUCAAGAGCUACCUGCAGCUUUGACCGGUUCAAAACAGGUGAGACAGAAGCGAGAGGUGUGGAUGAUCAGGUACAGUACAGGUGACUCCUUCCUGGGAUCUAAUAGGCAGGAAGGAUUUCCUUCCUUAUUAAAGGACUUCAGUGGUUCACGGAAUGACUGUCCUUCCCAAUUUACACUCACAAGAUGAAGCCGGUGCUCAGAGAGGGAGGAAAUAGCUUUGAAUGAAGAGGGAUUUCUCUUCGUAGAUGUCUUCAAUUCACAAUCGGAUGAAGGUGUUGCAGGUAGAUCUCUUUGGAAGCCUAUAUUUAAUCGAGAAGCCGAGCUGCUGGAACAACAACAGAUUUUAAGAAGAUUUGAAAGCAUGCACCCGCAGAAUCAUCACACUGGUCUCGUUUGGGAAUGAUUUUUGGAUUGCACGUAUAUUACCGCUCACCCGGGUAAUGCGGCUGGAAACUUGCCCUGCCUCCGACAUAUGGCACACAUCAGCCUCCAGGUGUGUAGUAAGAGACUCACAGGCAUGGGUCUUGAAAUGCUUAUGACUUUUAGUUCUUGGAACUGGUUGCUAUGGCUGAUGGUCCUUGCAGGUUCGGAAGCAUCGUCGUAUGUGAAUGAAUCCUCAAAUUCCACUGCCCAGCAGGCACCUGGUGCUCAGUUUGCUGCUUCCAGCUCAGACCCUGAUGAAAGGAUAUCUGUGUUUGAACUGGAUUAUGACUAUGUUCAAAUUCCCUAUGAGGUCACCCUCUGGAUCCUGCUCGCAUCUCUUGCAAAGAUUGGUUUCCACCUUUACCACAAGCUGCCCCACCUCAUGCCAGAGAGCUGCCUCCUCCUCAUCGUGGGUGCGCUGGUGGGUAGCAUCAUCUUUGGCACCCACCACAAAUCGCCUCCAGUCAUGGAUUCAAGCAUUUACUUCCUCUAUCUCCUUCCACCCAUCGUGCUGGAGAGCGGCUACUUCAUGCCCACGCGGCCCUUCUUUGAGAACAUCGGCUCCAUCUUGUGGUGGGCAGGCCUAGGGGCCCUGAUCAAUGCCUUUGGCAUUGGGCUCUCCCUCUACUUCAUCUGCCAGAUCAAGGCCUUCGGCCUUGGUGACAUCAACCUGCUGCAGAACCUGCUGUUUGGUAGCCUGAUCUCGGCGGUGGACCCUGUGGCCGUGCUGGCUGUGUUCGAGGAGGCACGUGUGAAUGAACAGCUUUACAUGAUGAUCUUCGGGGAGGCCCUGCUCAAUGAUGGAAUCAGUGUGGUCUUAUACAACAUCCUAAUUGCCUUCACUAAGAUGCAUAAAUUUGAGGACAUAGAGCCCGUGGACAUUUUGGCUGGAUGUGCCAGAUUUGUCAUCGUGGGGUGUGGGGGAGUAUUCUUCGGCAUCAUUUUUGGAUUCAUUUCUGCAUUUAUCACACGUUUCACUCAAAAUAUCUCUGCAAUUGAGCCACUCAUCGUUUUCAUGUUCAGCUAUCUGUCUUACUUGGCAGCCGAGACACUUUAUCUCUCCGGCAUCCUGGCAAUCACAGCGUGUGCGGUGACAAUGAAAAAGUAUGUGGAAGAGAACGUGUCCCAGACGUCCUACACAACCAUCAAGUACUUCAUGAAGAUGCUGAGCAGCGUGAGCGAGACCCUCAUCUUCAUCUUCAUGGGCGUGUCCACCAUUGGGAAGAACCACGAGUGGAACUGGGCUUUUAUCUGCUUCACACUGGUCUUCUGCCAGAUCUGGAGAGCCAUCAGCGUAUUUACUCUCUUCUAUGUCAGUAACCAGUUUCGGACUUUUCCCUUCUCCAUCAAGGACCAGUUCAUUAUCUUCUACAGUGGUGUGAGAGGCGCUGGAAGCUUUUCCCUUGCGUUUUUGCUUCCUCUGUCCCUUUUUCCUAGGAAGAAAUUAUUUGUUACUGCUACUUUAGUAGUUACAUAUUUUACUGUAUUUUUUCAGGGAAUCACAAUUGGCCCACUGGUCAGGUACCUGGAUGUCAGAAAGACCAAUAAAAAAGAAUCCAUCAAUGAAGAGCUUCACGUCCGGCUGAUGGAUCAUCUGAAGGCUGGUAUUGAAGAUGUUUGUGGGCAAUGGAGUCACUACCAAGUGAGAGACAAGUUCAAGAAGUUUGAUCAUAGAUACUUACGGAAAAUUCUAAUCCGGAGGAACCUGCCAAAAUCAAGCAUCGUUUCUUUGUAUAAGAAGCUUGAGAUGAAACAAGCCAUUGAGAUGGUAGAGACUGGGAUACUGACCUCUGCAGCCUUCCCUGCACCCUAUCAGCCUGAGAGGAUACAGGGAACCAAGCGGCUUUCCCCCGAAGACGUGGAAUCCAUGCGGGACAUUCUGACAAGAAACAUGUACCAAGUUCGACAAAGAACCCUGUCCUACAACAAGUACAGUCUCAAGCCCCAAACAAGUGAGAAGCAGGCCAAGGAGAUUCUAAUCCGCCGCCAGAACACCUUGAGGGAGAGCAUGCGGAAAGGCCAGAGUCUGCCUUGGGGAAAACCGACAGGCACCAAGAACUUUCGCUAUCUAUCCUUCCCCUACAGCAAUCCUCAGUCAGCAAGAAGAGAAGCAAGGGCUGCUGAACUCACAGAUGAUGAUGGUAUCGAUCCAGGAUUCCAGCCCUUGAUGUUCAGUGCACACUCAAGAGCAGGGUCCCUUCAGGAAAGACGGCAGACCCAGGCUAUGAUUCCGAUGAAGAGCUUACACAGAGGAGAGAAGGCGCUCAGCUUCAGCUACAGAAGUGACACCAGCUGGGGGGAGCAUGCUGGAUGGGGCAGGAGGGAUGCCAUCCGGCCCAAGCCUCUGUUCUAUGCAGUCGAUGAGGAGUAUGAAUCUGGAGAGCAGACAGAGGAGGAGAUAACAGCAACCAGGUCCCGAUGGAGAACUGAGCACAGACGUAGCAGAGAGCACUACAAAUCCCACAGUCCUUUGCUCCAUAUAAAAUAGUUCACUGUCCUAAGUAUGCUGGGUCAUUCCAGAGCCCCUCUUCUUUUACUGCAGAACAAAAAUGCUCACAGUUGAGAUCAGAGCUAUUGAGUUUGCAUUUUUGAAGCGUUUGGACACCUGUCUAUAAAAACAAGAUGACUUCUCACAGCAAACUUGAAGGCAGAGUCACAAACUUGCCUUGUGCCGUUGUGUGCAACAAAACUUAACUCCUUCUCAGAAUAGCCAACCAUAUCUAAGGAUCACAGAAAUCUACCAAGCUCUACUGGUUUUCUUCCAGAUGUCAAGGGGAGUGGGUGCCAGAAUUUGGCAAUAUGUAGUUAUGGAAGCCAUUAGGGAACCUCAUUGCUGAAAAAGAACCAAAGAACAAAGAAUUAAUCAUUUAGAAUUUAGAUCUAUGUCAUAUGUUAAGAACUAUGCGUGAUUGCUCAGAAAUUCCUACUGACUGUAUGCUUGUGCUACUUAUAAUCAAUUAGAACUGGCAGAGAUCUUUGAAAUCACCUGGUUUAGUUUCUUAUGUUUUCAGAUUGGGACACUGACAAAGGUCCCAUGACAAGUUGGCUACCUUGCAAAUUGAAUGCAUUUGGCUUUGAUUUUUUUGUAAUGAACUCUUUUAUUUUCACAGAUAAAAUAAUAUACCUCAACUGAGAGGUAAAAUUUGUUGCAGCAUUGUUAUAUUUAAUCAGUAAUAUCGAUAGAUGUGAUCUGCACUAUAGGGGUUAAUCUUUGAACAAUGGAUUUAUACACUAUUUUUAUAAUUAGAAUGCUAAUUUAAAAAUACUUUUUAGGAAUAUAUAAGAGCCACAGUUAAUUAUCCAUGACAUGAAUAAUAGUAUCUAGAUGCUGUGAAUUCAUAAUUUCUGAUGUUUGCCCUGGAGUUUCAUAACUGUUCUUCAGUGGAAUUUUUCAUGGUGAUUAUUCCAAGCCUGUCCUUGAACUUCGUACUUCAUCUUGCCAAUUUUACCAACUACUUUAUCUAUUCUCCUUCUUUCCUUUCUCUUCUGCUAGGCAUCUAUAAGUGAGCAAGCAUUUCUGAAAUGUUACUUAGAGCUAAAUCUAUGACAAUCAAUUCAAUAAAUAUCCACUUGCCUUUACUGCUUGAAUCAUCAUCAUCAUGCCCAUCUGAUCGAAACAAAUACGUCUUUAAAGACCACUGGGAAAUGUUCCCUGUUGCUAAGAAUUUUUUGACUCUCUCUUAAGCUCUAGGCACCCCUGUGUUUCUUUGGGUAGGCCAGGAAACUUGCCUGUGAAUUACAUGUACACAUGUACAUAAUGUGUUUAGUCUUGUGACUCAAAGGACAAGGGAGGAUAGUUUGAUCAUUUUACCUUUUGUCCGUCUAUCGGUUGUGACUUUUACCUCAAUGUUUUCCUAAAUCAUACAAUAUCUUCCUUCUAAUAAAAAACCCUGCACUGUCAAGUGAACGUAAUGAGCUCGGAGGGAGGAAGCAUGCAUGAAAUCCAGGGAAGCGGUGAUGGAAGGAAGAAAGACGUUUAUGCUUCACAGAGAGGCUGUGAGUCAGUCUUCAAUCAGCAGCUGGAGGUAAAGAGACAGAGAGGGACCACCAGAACUGCACAGGUGCAAAGCUAUGUGUGCAACCUAGUCCUCAGAGGCAGGAGAUGCCACCCUCCUUCCUGGACUCCAUCUAUAUAGCAACAGAAAUCCAAGCAGCAAGGACUCCUUCCCAGAAGAGGUAAUCAUAUGGAAGGAUUACAGGAAUCCACCCAGAUUUCCUGGUUUUCUCCUGGACGUCGAUGCCAUUUAGAAGAGAGGGGAGCUGGGAUUCAGAGAGACGUAAUGGCAGAAGUUGUUAAGAAAACUUAUUGGUGAGUAAAGAACCACAUUCUGCAGGCAGAGUGCAACCAUAAAGCAAAGAAGAGGCUGAGCGUCCAGGCUAAUUGAUAGGGAAACAUUUCCUCAGGGACACUUAGCUAUGAAAUAACGUUGAAGACAAUGCUCACAGCUAUAGUGCAUGCCUGUCCAACCUUCGCUUUGUAGAGUUUUCCCUCUUAUCUACAGGGGUCAUAUCUGGGACCCUGAGUAUAUGCCUGCACCUGCAGAUAAUUCCCAAAUCUAUAAAUACUAGGAGUUUUUGCUACAUAAACAUAGCUAUAAUAAAGUAGGCACAGUAAAGGAGAUCCAGUGAGAGAUUAACUAUAACAGCAAAUAGAACAAGUGUGAUAAUGUGUUAUUAACAGCUAUUUAAAAGACGAGAAUCACUCAUUUCUGGAAAUUUCCAUUUAGUACUUUGGGAUGGCAGUUGAUCAUGAGUGAUUAAAAUUCUGGAAGGUGGAAUUAGGGACAUAGAACCCCACUCUAAAGUGAAUAACAAAGAUAAGUGAGAAACAGAAAAACUAAACUGUCCUGCUGGUCUACUAAUCUGCCUGCUUUCUUUACUCCUUUACUGCCCACUGGGCUCUCGGAAUGCUAGUGAACACCCCUACAGGAAGGAUGUUUUGAGUGGCUGUAGUCACCUUGAUCAUCUGGCCACUGAGUUCUGUAGGCCAACAGUCACACAAGCAGAUUUUAUUUUAGAAGGUGUUGUCUUCCUGAGGCCAUUGAAUAUCUACAUUUGGUUAGCUUUGGCUAUUGGAGACUGGAGGUGGGCCUAGAGCUCCUGACUACAUAGUGACUCGUCAAGAGCCCUGGGAUACUGCUGAGGCCAGUGACUCUAUCAGUCUGGGAAGCUCACUGUGAAAUGGGCUGUUUGGACAUCCAGUAGGGUUUCCAUGAGUGGUGUAGCAUUAUUUCCCAUGCUUUCUUUAAUGGAAGUUCAUGGUAGGAAUGGGUUAAGGGUUAGCAAGUGUCUGAGAAUGCUCUAGGUGGUGGCUUUCACUUAGUGAGUUUCUCCAGCAAGCUGUACAGCACAGGGAGUUUCCUCCUGGAUGUGGGGGACGCCUUGGCCUUUGCGUCCUAUUCACUGGGAGGGAGUGACAAGACAUGAUUCCUAUAUAGGGUCCAGCUUCUCAACCACAAACUGUCAAUAUUUUCCACCAGUAGCCUCAAAGAACUUAACAUUUUAUUUUCAUUUUCAAUCUAUAAAAGGAAAUAGAAAAGUAAAUAGAAAAACAAAGCAAACACUUAAUUUCCUCCUAUGAAUAUUUGCUUUUAACUCUCUGAAAACUAUAAUGUUAACAUGAAGAAUACUGGGUAUCAGUGGAUUCUAAGAUUGAGUGAAAGGUCAUUUCCUUUAAUUUGUCCUUUAGUUACCAGUUUUCACUUGAAAGAUUUUUCUCUACAUUUAGUAACUGUUCUUUGUUCUUCUGGUGUGGCAUGAGGUCACAGUCCCCUGUGCUGUCUUUGUCUGCAAAAAGAGAGGCAUUGGCCAUGGGAAGGAUUCUGUGCCAACAAAGUGGAGGAGGAGGUUGCAGACAUUGUAUCAUCUUCCCAUCCUUAUUUCCUGUCAGCCCUUGAGGCUGUAUUCUUCUGCACUUUCCUUCUUAGACAACACUUAUGCAUUUUAAGAGGUAGGGCUGGGGAUGCCACCUAACCCCGUGAUGAGAUUGCCAUUCCUUCCUGAGGGAUGCUUGCUCACAUAGGCAUGCAGACAGGACUAGAGUCUUCAACAAGGAAUGAGUCCUAAGCUGGAAUUUGCCAAUUGAUUAAAGGGUGGUCUUCUAGAGUGAUCUUGGGUUAAAUGGAAUGACACCUGUAACAAUUUCCAGAUUGUUAUCUGUCUUUGUAAUAAUAAAUCUAUUAAUUUGUCGAUUAUUAUUUAGGCUAAAGUACAUGGACUUGUAUCAGAAGACACCUAUGUAGUGACCCAAAAUGGUAUAAACAAAACUUGAGAUUUGCUUAGAUGUGUUGCUGGUGGAAUGGUGGGUAUUUGGCUGUCACUGGAGAGAGGUGCAUGACAGCAAUAGAGAACAAUUAAAACCCAUGUCACCACUGUGCUUGGCAUGUGUCAUUCAAAGCCAAACCAGAGACAGCCUGGGAGUGUAGUCACAAUGUGCAGUCAAAGCAAAAUUGCCACUGCUUAGUUUUAGCCAAAUUUGGGACAGUUGUCCUGGAAUAUAACUUUAAUCUUCCUUUGUCUUCAAGUUUAUCAGUCCCCAUUCCAGCCUGUUGUACUGGAUAGUCAGUGAACACCAAAAUAUUACUGUCUAUCUUACAAACAUUGAGGGAAAAGAUAAAUGUUUCAGCCUGCCCAGAACAAAAGUACUUCUAGUAUAGUCCAUGAUGCCCAAAUCAGGUCAAGUAAAAUCUAAAAAUGCAAAAGCCAGUGAUUAUGUUAAUGUUACUAAAGGGGUUUUGUGAAUAUAUUUUAGCCACAGAUAAAAAUAGGUAUUUUUUGCAUAUUUUCUUUUUUUUCUGUGAAAACUCUGUCAACCAUCUUAUUUCUAAUCCCCCAAGAAAACCAAGCAGUAGCAAGAGAAAGCUGAUUUUUUUUCAGAGGGUCACUAGCCAGGAGGAAUUAAGCCCACAAAGUGCUAGUCACUCCCAUGAUUCCCUUUCAUCUGUGAAUAACUGGUUUAACAAAUUCAUUUUCUUCCAAGGACUCAUGCGUUUCCAAGCCAGGGGAGCUCACAUUACUGUGACAGGUCAGGGAUAAAAAUUUCCAUUGCCCCAGGCUUCCCCUAGCUGGGGUUCCUUCUAGACCAAGGCAGCCCCCACUGUGAGCUUCAAGACAGAGACAUGGAUAGUGUCACAUAUCCUUCCCCAUCAGUCUGCUGGCUGCUAACCUGCUCCCUGAAGCUAACAGAAAGGUGAUCUCCAGCAAAGUAAAGAGAAGGAAGAACAUGGACUCCUUGCAAUCUGGUUUUCAGUUUCUGUGGUUUUAUUCUCACUGAAUUUUAUGUUGAGCUCAGAACCAAUUAGGAAUAUUUAAAAUAGAGGCUGCCCUGGUAGCAUGCUCUCCACCAGCUUAAAGGAAGGAAGGCCUGCAGUGCUCCAUUUAUUUUUACUUCCUUGCAGGAGUUUUUCUGAGUAAACCGGGAACAGGCGAGACCAACCCCCGGGUUUCACCGGUGUUCUGUUUCAGGCUGAAGCAGCCCUUGUUUUGAGUUUGUGCCUUCCAUUGGACAGCGUUCAGGAGUCAGCUGUGUUAUCUAACUGUGUCAUCUCUAAAGGGGUUGUAUGCACAGGGAGGGGAGGGAACAUAUCAGCAGAGUCCUUAACCCACAGUUAAACCACCAUUCUGAAAGAGGGAUACAGGGUUAACUAUUAGAGAAUAUUCUUAGGCAAAGGGGGCAAACCGGGCUGAUCCCAGGGUACGCCUAUGCACCGUACAAAGAGCCACAGAGUCAGUGGGUGUAGACCAGCAGGGCUGAGAGCCUGAGGUUUAAUAAGCACACCAUACACCACCACGCCCCCAGAGUUGAAGUUCAAGUCUGAGUGUAGACAAUGCAGCUAGUAUUACUGUAGUUUCUCUCCAUGGCAUGUGGCAAUUCAGGUAGGGCUCGGGCAUACACAUUUCAACACUGUUUUCCCAAAGGAAAUUGAAAACUUAAGAAGAAACUGUCUAUGGUGACUGCAGGUAAUUAAAUUCUCCCAGGGAGAAGGGACAGACAAUAAGAUAUUGACUGCUGCCUAGCAGUGGUUAGUUUCAUGAUGACUUAGGGAGAAGCGGGGAGGAGUCAAGAGAGAAAGGGUACUAUUGUGCUACUGUCACAACAUUAGGGUGGUAGGCACAGAGAACGCUCAGAAUGGGAAGGUGGCUUUACGACUGAGAAGUUACCAGCGAGUCUUAGAGUACAGCUUGGUGUUCUGGUUUAGCACCACAGGGUGGGUUCUGCAGGCUUCUGAAUUCUCUCCAGGAUUAUAGGGAAGGGAGUUUAUCCUGCUGCAGUAACAUCCUACCAUGAGCCACCAUGAUGCUAGAGAUGCUAUAGUUCCUUCCUCCAAGAAUCUAGAAGCAGAGGAUGUGAGUUCAGGCACUGGCUCCCUCACUCUGUCCGUGAUAUCGACAGAUCCUAUUAACUACUCAAGUCAGUCCCAUACCCCACUUAAUUGGGCUGUUGACAUCUCUCUACUCAACUGACCUCUUCAAGGGGAUCUGUGAUUCCAGUGAGAUGCAGCGUUUAUUUAACUCUAAGUAUAGAGUCUUUGUGUGUUUAUGAAAGAGUUGAGGAAACACAAGGGUCAAUGAGAUGAAGAAUGGGAGUAAAGUAUGUCUGAACAUGAAUUCUGCUAUGUGGUUGUAAAGCCUCACAUAGGCAAACACAGAGCGUGACAGGUGUGUAGUAAAUGUCUUAGUCAGGGUUUCCACUGUGUGAUGAAACACCAUGGCCAACUUGGAGUGGUAAGGGUUUAUUUUGUUUACACGUCCACAUCACAGACCAUCAUCACAGGAAGUCAGGGCAAGACAUCAAACUGGGCAGGAACCUGGAGGCGGGCGCUGAUGCAGAGGCUGCUUACUGCCUUGCUUUCAUGGUUUGCUUAGUCAGCUUUCUUAUAGAACCCAAGACCACAAGACCAUGAUUGGUCUUCUAAAAUCAAUCAUCAAUCAAGAAAAUGGAUAACAGGCUUUUCUAUAGGUCAAUCUAGUGGGGUCUUUUUCUCUAAGGCUCCCUCUUCCAAAGUGAUACUAGCUUGUGAUAAGUUGACAUUAAAUUAGUCAGUGUGGUAAAGAAAAAAAGGUGUUCAAUGUGACUUGCUGAAGCAAGACAAAGACUAUCGAGGGCAAUUAUGCAGGUGUGAAGAUCUGCAGUGGGAUUCUGUGGGAAAAGACUGGGCUGCAGUCUCGAUAGAAUGGACAAGUUAGAAUUUUUAGAGCUGGUCAAGUGGAUAGGAGGUAACCAGGGGGAAGACUUGGAACUCAAGGGGAUACUGGCUAAACUGACCUGACAGCAUUCUUGCUGAAGAAAGGUCAGGUGACCAAGUAUUUUGUGGAGGAUGGAGGACAUGGAGCCCAAUGAGACGUGAAAGUUUAUCAGAUAUCAGAACUGUGGAUUCUUGCUAAACUCACUGAGCAAGGCCCUUUCAGAAGCAGAUAUUGCAUGGAAGUACACAGCCAGGUCUAGAAGAAAGUUCAUGUUUGACCAAGGAAAGAAUCUUUGUCAUGUGUGGGCUGUGGGAUCAGAACAUCUAGAUCCUUUCAGAAGACAGGAAAACAUAAAAGUAAAAUAUAUGUCUACAUAAGACGGGGAAAGAAAGCAUGACUCUCAAGUAUAGAUGAAUAUUUGUUGAAGGACUGUUAAUUCAUCAAUUAAUAAGGAAUUAAUGCUAUGCAUCAAACAAUUUGAAGGAAAAUUCAUAGUACCUUAUAUUUAGGCAUUUGGGAUUAUGGAUAUAAAUUUAGAAAUAGAUGAAAAAUGUUUAGAUGGGAGCAAAGCAAUGAGUUUUCUCUUUAUCUGUAAUAAAUCAUUAUUUAUCUUUAGACAAAAUCAUUUUUAAUUCUGUUAGUUUUGUACAUUUUACAGAGCUGUCAUUAACUGAAAGAAAAGAAUGUGUUUUCUUUUCAAAACCAGUGAAAUACUAAAAUAACAGCAGCUGAAGAAGUCUAGAAUUGAAGAAGUUUAGAAUUAAUCUGGAAAACUGAGAUGGUGAAAACUUUUCGGUGCAAUGUGAACUAAAUUUUUACAUCUGCUACAACUAGUGGGAACAGAUUCCAUCCCAGAAUCCUGGUUUCUCUAGCCACACAUACAGAUCGUUGCCUGCUGUUCAAACUUGCCUCUCAUUCAAAUCUCUCUUUUGUCUUCUGUUUUCAAUAGACUUGACAUUAAAGCAUCUUCUAUGAUACAGCUGGUUCUCACGAGUGCCUGCCAUUCAGUCACUGUUAACUUUGUCAAUGAAUACCCUUGGAAUACAACUCCGUUUCCUUCCCCCAUGAGUUGUCAUUAUAUUUAUUUGUAAGCUACAAUCAGUGUUUGAAAGACUGCCUUAAAAGUCAACUUACAAAGCUUUUCCUUUUCAUUAUGCUGGAUGUUUAUUUUGAUGUAUUGUAAAUAAUGACUUGAGGAAGAAAUUGGUAUGAUACUGGAUUAUAGUUUUGUAGCAUACAAUCUAUGAGAUAGUUGACAAACACUUGUAACCUUUUGUUGUGUGGUAGCAAUUUCCUCUGAAUCGGGUCUAACUUGAGCAUUCUAUCCUGGAGGGGAGUUAAGAUUCAGGAAAUUCUAAACAGUGUCUCUUAACGCUUAGAAGCAAACACCUCAUAAGUCUCAAGCAGUCCCUGAACCAUACUAGAUUCACAAGGUCCCUCGUUCUUCAAAGCUAUAUAAGCCGUAAAGAUAGAUGAGGAAAGGCUAUUUAGCUACUUGUAGGACAGAUAGGAAGCUCUGGGUUCUGGUCAUUACCCAUGUUGGGUUACAGUUUUUAGUGAUAUAUCUGUCUUUGAGUCCUUUAUGCUCUUGUAAGUAAUCCCAAUAAACUAACUGGUUUGGCAA